GUGGAACCAUAUCCUCAGAGCAUGACACACUUCAGGGCUUCUCUCCGGUGUGAGGUUUCCGACUGAGAUGUUCUGAGGUCACGUCUCGACUCAAAGGUUUUUCUUUGGAGUUUCUCAGCCGACGACCCGCGAUGGCUUCCAAUAUAUUCGUGGAGCAGCAGUUCUCUCACAAGUUCACGGUGACGGUGUCUCGAGCCGAGAACGUCACCAAGGGAGCGCUGGGCGACCUGCUGGACACCCCUGACCCCUACGUGGAGCUCUUCAUCCCGUCCGCCCCUGAGAGCAGGAAGAGGACGAAACACAUCGACAACGACAUCAACCCCGAAUGGAACGAGACCUUCAGCUUCAUCCUGGACCCCAACCAGCAGAACCUGCUCAAGUUAACUUUAAUGGACGCCAACUAUGUGAUGGAUGAGACGCUCGGCACGGCGACCUAUGACAUCACCACGCUGGGCGUCGGCCAGAAGAAGAUGGAGCCCUUCCUCAUCGGAAAAGUCACCAAAGUUUACCUGGAGAUGACGCUGGAGAUCUGCAACAAGCUGGACCUGCGGUUCAGCCUGGCGCUGUGCGACCAGGAGAAGCAGUUCAGGCAGAGCCGGCGGGAGCGCGUGAUGCUGGCCGUCAAGAAGCUGCUGGCCCUGGAGAAGCCCGGCUUCCUGCCCAGCUCGCUGGAGGAGGUGCCGGUGAUAGCCAUAGCGGGCUCAGGAGGCGGUUUCCGGGCCAUGGUGGGCUUCUCGGGUGUGAUGAAGGCCCUGUAUGAGUCAGGGGUCCUCGAUUGCACAACGUACAUCGCCGGACUCUCUGGAUCUACGUGGUACAUGUCCAUUAUCUAUUCCCAUCCAGAGUUUCCAAACAUGGGCCUGAAGGACAUCAAUGCAGAGCUGAUGAAGAGAGUCAGCAGUAAUCCCCUGAAGCUGCUGCUGCCUCAACACAUCACCAACUACAUCCAGGCCCUCUGGACCAAGAAGGCUUCAGGGCAGCCGGUGACCUUCACCGAUAUCUUUGGGAUGCUCAUCGGGGAGACCCUCCUACCUGCGAGGAUGGACAUCAAGCUGAGCGGCAUCCAGGAGAAGAUCAACCAGGCCCAGAGUCCCCUCCCCCUCUUCACAUGUCUGCACGUCAAGCCAGAUGUUUCGGAGCUCAUGUUUGCAGACUGGGUGGAGUUCAGCCCGUACGAGAUCGGCAUGGCCAAGUACGGCACCUUCAUGACCCCCGACCUCUUCGGGAGCAAGUUCUUCAUGGGGACCGUCGUCAAGAAGUACGAGGAGAACCCGCUGCACUUCCUGAUGGGUGUGUGGGGCAGUGCCUUCUCCAUCCUGUUCAACCGAGUGCUGGGGGUCAAAGACAGCGUGGGGGGCAGCACCAUGGAGGAGGAGUUAGAGCAGAUCAAACCGCAUCACAUCGUGGGAGACGACAGCAUGGACAACGAAGACGAGCCGCGUAAAGGUGGGACGGAGAAUCAGAAGGCGGAGGAGGAGUACCACCGCUUUGCUCAGGCCAGCUGGGUUCAACGCAUGUUCACGUCGCUCUUCAGCGACUCGUCCCUGUUCAACACGAGGGAGGGCCGGGCCGGGAAGGUUCAUAACUUCAUGCUGGGCCUCAACCUGAACACCAGCUUCCCGUUCUCGCCGGGCAGCGAGAACCUGUGCAACGCCACCACACCUGAAGACGAGGUGGACGCCGUCACAGACCCAGACGAGUUCAAUCGCAUCUACGAGCCUCUGGACGUGAAGAGCAAGAAGAUCCACGUGGUGGACAGCGGCCUGACCUACAACCUGCCCUACCCGCUCAUCCUGCGGACGCAGCGCGGCGUCGACCUCAUCAUCUCCUUCGACUUCUCCGCGCGGCCGAGCGACUCCAGCCCCCCGUUUAAGGAGCUCCUAUUAGCAGAAAAGUGGGCUCGGAUGAACAAGCUCCCGUUCCCCAAAAUCGACCCCAGAGUGUUUGACCGCGAGGGCCUGAAGGAAUGCUACGUCUUCAAACCGGAGAAGGGCAAAAAGAACUGCCCGACCAUCAUCCACUUCGUCCUGGUCAACAUCAACUUCAGGACCUUCAAGGCGCCCGGUGUUCCCAGAACGACGGAGUCGGAGAAGGAAUUUGCCGAUUUCGACAUCUUUGACGAUCCCGAGUCCCCGUUCUCCACGUUUAACUUCCAGUACUCCAACGAGGCCUUCACCCGGCUGCACGACCUCAUGGAGUUCAACACUCUCAACAACCUGGAGGUGAUUAAAGAAGCCAUCAAGGAGUGCGUGGCAUCCCGUAAGGACCGCCCCCCCCCCAGCGCCCCCCGGCCCUUCUCCCUCAGCGCCAUCCCCAACCGGAGGUUCCUGAACAAAGAGCCUGGAGCCAAAGCCUGGAGCCUCCAGGGAGAGGGCCGCAAAUAACCACCUGAGACGCUCUGGGCGGAGAGAGAACUUCCCUUCUUUUUUGAAAACGCCGUGGCAGUGACCUCUCUUCUGUACACUUUAAAUCAACACCUGUUCUAAAGAACCGUCGAGUUUUACUGAUUAAAGAACGUAUGAAUGCAUUCACACACAA